AUUUCUGACACAUUAAAACGGAUACUUUCAUUCAAAAUUGAUUGAAUUCAAUUGGGUCUUCAUUGAAUUUCUUCAAUUUUUUCUCAAUAAAAUACCCCCAAAAUUUGAUAAUUAGGGUUUUGUUCUACUUGUACGGUUUAAUUUCUUGAUUUCUUUUUUUUUUGGGGGGGAUAAUAUUUCUGGGUUUUGUAAUUGGAGUGAUGUCGAGUGUAACCCAGAACCGGAAAAUGUCGUCGUUGACGAAACGACAGGCGUCGGAGAAUGUGGGGAAAUCGUCGGUAUUGCCGCCUCGUAUGGCCAAGAAACGCCCUGCUCUGUCCAACAUUACGAACCAGAGACCGCGAAAUCCAUUAAAUUCGACUGUACCAUCUGUGUCGAAAAUCAGUGACCCAAAGAAAGUGUCUUCAAAUGCUAGUAACAAUGGGAUCCUUUCGUCGACAGUUCCCUUAAAGUCUACUGCUGCUUUGAUAAAAAAUUCAACCAUAGGAAGAAAAGAUGCAACUGUUUCAAGAAUUUUCGUUCCUCCUGUUCAUACUAAAAUGGAUCUGUCACCUUCUAAAUCUGAUGGGUUAUCGGUCUCAAUGGAUGAGACAAUGUCUACAUGUGAUUCUUUGAAUAGUCCAGAUGUUGAGUAUAUCGACAACAAUGACAUUGCAGCAAUGGAGUCGAUUGAAAGGAAAACGUAUAGCAAACUCAAUAUUUCAGAUCAUGUGGAAACUAGUCUAACAACAGGAAAUGUAUGCAAGAGGGAGAUACUUAUGGAGACUGAUGAGGAGAUUGUUGAUCUUGAUGUCGAUUUCAUGGACCCACAGUUGUGUGCAACUAUGGCAUGUGACAUUUAUCAGCACCUUAGAGCGUCUGAGGCAAAGAAAAGGCCUGCAGUUGAUUUCAUGGAGACGGUUCAGAAAGACAUUAAUCCGAGCAUGCGUGCAAUCCUAAUUGACUGGCUUGUUGAGGUUGCUGAAGAGUAUAGGCUUGUGCCUGAUACAUUGUAUUUGACUAUCAACUACAUUGACCGAUACCUGUCGGGUAAUCUGAUGGAUAGGCAAAGAUUGCAGUUGCUUGGUGUUGCUUGCAUGAUGAUUGCUUCAAAGUAUGAGGAGAUAUGUGCACCGCAGGUGGAAGAGUUCUGCUACAUAACUGAUAACACAUACUUCAAAGAUGAGGUAUUGCAAAUGGAAUCCACUGUUCUAAAUUUCUUGAAGUUUGAGAUGACUGCCCCAACUGUAAGAUGUUUCUUAAGGCGAUUUGUCCGUGCUGCUCAAGGAGCAAAUGAGGCUCCUUCAAUGCAAUUAGAGUAUUUGGCAAGCUACAUAUCUGAGUUGUCUCUUCUCGAGUAUAAUAUGCUGUGUUAUGCUCCUUCCCUCAUCGCUGCGUCAGCUAUUUUCUUAGCAAGAUUUGUGCUUUCUCCAUCACAGAAACCAUGGAAUUCGACAUUGAGGCAUUAUACUCAAUACCAGCCAUCAGAUUUACAUGAAUGUGUCAAGGCCCUGCACGCUCUUGUUUGUGAAUGCCCGAAUUCAAGUUUGCCAGCAAUCAGAGAAAAGUACAGUCAACAUAAGUACAAAUUUGUAGCAAAGAAGUACUGUCCUGCAUUGAUGCCAAUGGAGUAUUUCGAGAACAGUAGCAGCUCCUAAUAGACAUUAGGACUUGUUUUCGUGAAAUGGUGGUAGAGAGAUGCAUAUUUUUUCUUCUCGUUGAAGUAUGUUACUGCUGUUCUAUUACUGUCCUAAUGCUAUGAAUAGAUAGAACCAUGUUUCUAGUGCAAUGAAUAGAUUCAUUUUUUUUUCA